AUGAAAACUUAUUUUAUUACUGGAGCUAACAGAGGUCUUGGACUUGGUUUAGUCACUGAACUUGUUAAAGACACUAACAACAAAGUUAUCGUUACAGUUAGAAAAUCUGCUAGCAUUGAAGAUUUAGAAGCCUUAGGAUCUAAAAAUCUUCUGAUUAUCUAUUGUGAUAUCGUUAACGAAUCUGAAAUUGACAGUGCUUUUGAAGAACUUGCUAAAAUUACUGACACUAUCGAUGUUGCCAUUUUGAAUGCGGCUUUCGUUCAUCAAGAUACUAGAAAUCCUUUACAACUUACUGAAAAUGCUGAAAGUUGGAAAGAUUUUAUUGAUGCCACUAAUCAAAGUAUUGAAAUCAAUGGUUAUUCCCAAAUUUAUAUUACCAACAAAUUAAUCCCUUUUGUUGAAAAAUCCCAAGAAAAGAAAAUCUUCCAUGUUUCAUCAGGUUUUGGUGAUGAUGAAUUCGUUGAAAAAUCAAGAAUUGAUACUGCUAUUCCAUAUUCUAUUUCCAAAGCUGUUACUAACAUGAUUGUUGCCAAAUAUACUGAUAUUGCCAAGACUAAAGGUUUAACUAUCAUUGCAUUAUGUCCUGGUGUUGUUAAUACAUAUGGUGUUACUGAUGAAGUUGCUGAUGGUUUGAUGGAAUCCUUCAAACAUGGUUUCAGAAGAGUCAAUGAAGACUAUAUUGGAGUCCAAAAUGUUGAAACUGCCAGUAAGAAAUUACUCAAAGCUGUUGAAUUUUAUGGUUCUUUCCAAAGUGGUAAGAUUUUCAGUACCAAUGGUUCUGAACAUAUCCUGGCCUAG